CUCCCGUCCUCCCAGCGUCCGUCCCCUCCAUUCUCACAAGCUAGCCUAGGCUGCAGCAGCGAUCUUCGCAUCCCAGCGAGCGCAGAGACACGACACGACCAUGGAGCGCCAGGAAGACGCAUACUUCGCCGCGACGGGCGAGGCUGCAAAAAACUCGGGCGUCCUUGACACCGCCGUCAUCGACGAGAAGCAUGCACUCUCAACGAGCGGGUCGCACGACCAGGAGAGCGAGCUCGAGGGGUACAUCUACCCCACCAAGGAGGAGCUCGGAGAGCUUAGGCGCGUGUCUGAUUCGAUCAACUGGGGGACUUAUAUGAUUGCGUUUGUGGAGCUUGCGGAACGAUUUUCGGUUUCAGGCAGUACCAUUGUCUUUACAAAUUUCAUCCAGCAACCGCUGCCCCCAAAUUCGCGCACAGGUGCAGGUGGAAAGGAUGGCCAGUCUGGUGCUCUCGAUCAGGGUCAGCGCACUUCGUUCGGUCUCACGACAUUCUUCAGCUUUUGGUGCUACGUAACUCCCCUGUACGGUGCCUACUUAGCUGAUGCUAAAUUUGGCCGCUUCAACACGAUCUGCGGAUCCGUCGUUAUCGCCCUAGUCGGACAUGUUAUCCUCGUCGUUUCUGCACUUCCGCCCGUGCUUGAGAACUCGAACGGCGCGCUCGCCUGUCUUGUCAUCGCCAUGCUCGUAAUGGGUCUUGGUACGGGAGGUUUCAAGAGCAAUAUCUCCCCACUUGUCGCUGAGCAGCAGAAGUUGUUGAAGCCGUACAUCAGGGAAACGGCCAAGGGCGAGAGGGUUAUCGUGGACCCAACGAUGACCACCGCUCGUAUCUAUAUGUACUUUUACUUCUUCAUCAACGUCGGUGCGCUCGUCGGCCAGAUCGGCAUGACAUACUCUGAAAAGUACGUUGGCUUCUGGCUGUCCUACACGCUGCCUACCAUCGUCUUCCUUCUCUGCCCACUCGUCCUCCUUGUCGGUCGUAAACGGUACAACCGCUCCCCGCCGCAAGGCUCCGUUCUCUCCAAGGCAGUCCACCUGUGGACCUUCGCCGCACGCGGGCGAUGGUCGUUCAGUCCGUACCGUACGUUCAAGAACCUGACAGCAAGCGACUUCUGGGAGAACGCGAAGCCGAGCAAGAUCGAAGCAUCCCAGCGCCCAGCGUGGAUGACAUUUGACGAUCAGUGGGUCGAUGAGGUUCGGAGAGGGUUCAAGGCCUGCAAGGUAUUCCUGUGGUACCCGCUCUGGUGGCUCACGUACAACCAGAUGGUCAACAACUUAACGUCGCAGGCUGCCACGAUGGUCACGAACGGCCUCCCGAACGACGUCAUCAAUAACCUGGACCCCUUCGCUCUCCUCAUCUUCAUCCCCAUCUGCGAUCUCUUCCUCUAUCCCUUCCUUCGCCGCAUUGGCAUCAGGGUGACACCCAUUCGUAGGAUAGCCGCUGGUUUCUUGACAGGUGCCGCAGCUAUGAUAUGGGCUGCCGUCGUGCAGCACUACAUCUACAAGCGCAACCCUUGUGGAUACCAAGCCGCGACGUGCACAGACGCCGCCGGCAAUGUGCUCACGUCAGACCUGAACGUGUGGAUCCAGACUGGAUCGUAUGUGCUCAUCGCAUUCUCGGAGAUCCUCGCGUCCAUCACCGGGCUCGAGUACGCGUUCACGAAGGCGCCGGCAAACAUGAAGUCGCUCGUCAUGGCUGUAUUCCUGUUCAUGACCGCUAUCGCCAAUGCACUCGGCGAGGCAUUCACUUCGCUCUCGUCUGAUCCCCUGCUCGUGUGGAAUUACGGCACCAUGGCCGUCCUCUCCGGCGUCGGCGGCGUCUUCUUCUGGUUAUCAUUCCGGCACCUCGACCAGGAAGAGGAAGCGCUCAACGACAUCCAGGAGGGUCAUCUGAACAGCUCAAACCGCCCAGAAGAUGUCAUGAUGAUAUGAGCGCGCGGCGUUCGUGGCCCUAUGGGACUACGUCUCACGCAUGUGCGCUAGGGCACAAUCAGCAUGUCGGGCCAGGCCUAGUUAGGUCGGUGUGUGGUUGAUGUUUUAUCCAUGUACUGUGUCUGUUUGUUUCAAUGCUCCCAUAUUACCCCUCUCCACGUCUCUGAUUUCUUUCUUGCCGAUCGCGCCCUACGUAUACUUCCUCCCCUCUUACGAUUCCACUCCGAUGCCGAUGAUGAUAUCUGAUGCUUUCUCUGUACGGCACGGCGUGGGCGUCGCGUGUGGUGGGAGCGGGCUUUGUUAAGGGACGAAGAAUACACGAAUUUCUUGAGCGAU